UUCGAUACGCCAGGACAUAGAUUAUUUGUUGAAGGAAACGGCUAGGGUAGACAUUUUUCUGGUAUUGUUGAAGGCAAGAUCUGCGACAAUUCUCUUAACGCGUGUUUGCCUGGAUUACAAUAGUCAGCGGCGGGUUGAGCGUGUUCUCUGGCAGACAAAGCGAGAACCGUUCGUGGGGAUGAAGAGAAAAAGAGCGCGUAACCUAACGCCCUGCGAGGACCAGGUCGAGGAAGAGCGCAACGUGGCUAAAGGAGAAGAAGGCAAGGGUCGGUCGCGAGGGGUGGCAAGGAGAGAGGAGAGAUCGGUAGCGGUUGGUUAUACCGGAUAACAGAGGCGAGGAGGACCGCGUGGUUCGAGGGGUGGCGAACCCCUGAAGGACCCUAGUCGGUAGCGGUGACCUCCUCCCUCUUUUUCCCUGUCUCCCUGGUCUCUCUUCCUUUCCAACCCUGCCCCCUCCACGAUGCUCGUCAUCCCUGCCGCGACGGCACCGGAGCACGAUCAUUGGUUCACCGGUUUCACGCAGACACGAGGAGGCACACGCAGCUGCCACUAGCUGUCUCUUGUUCCACGGCCGGACCCGAUCGGCCAGUCCGGAGGAGAAGCAGCGCGCGUGCAGUAGUUAGGCACGUUGUCACGCGUAAUAUACAUUUUAGAUUUUCUAUAAACACAGUUUGUUUAUUAUACGCGUGGUGGUUCCCAUUUCAUCGAUACAUCGUACGGGACCUUCUUCCGGAAGAACGAACGUUUCCGUUUCCUAUCUUCCGUUGCGUUGCUUGCAAGAAGACGACGCGGCUGCCCCUUGGUGAUCUCUCGUGACUACCACGAGUCGUGCGUACGAAGUUCGGCGAUUUUCGUGUACGUUCGUCGGCUAUCGUCGUUCAGCCACCGUCAUUCGUCGCCAUCUUGACGGUCCGCCCACCAAUCAACGUCACGAUCACGGUAGCGCUGAUCGUCAGACGAACGGAGAAAGGUACACGAAGCGACACCUUUCGCCGACAACGCGGACCCGUCUCUCGCACGUGUCGCGGAAAAAGACGUGUGCGGUACACGCGUUUCUAACCCGUGUUGCAGUUGCUCUUUCUCUCUAAUUUACAACCCCCCUCCGGCGUUCUCGUGUUGGUGGACGGUCGAUUUAUACGUGACGCGCGACCGCGUGUGCGUGUGACGUUUUGAAUUUUAGUCGAGCGAGGAAGUGGUGGCGUCUGCCGGGAGGCCCACGCAUACAUCGUUUUUCGGUACACCGCCGUCUGUGCUUCCCUUCUCCCUCCAGCUGUCGCUUGACUCGCUGUCUCUUUUACUCUUUGCUCCUCCAGUCCCCUUCUACGUCGCUAGCCACAGUUCGCAGGGCGUCGCACGCAGGGCGGUACCGAUGCCCUUUCGACCUCCCGCGGUCAUCGAGAGUACGCAAGAGUGCUUCCGUCGCGCGACCGUCUCGUUCUCGAUUCUCACGUUCCGUGACGGCGUUGCUACAUCUACGCUCGCCAGUUCUCUUCUCUGCCCGUAAUGGUAGUCCUUUGAGAACGCCUUCGCCUCGUUCUUCCUCUGUCUCAACCACGACGCACGUGUAUCGCUUGGAAAGAAAACAUCGGAAAGGAUCUGAAAGAAGGCGAUCGAAUAACUGGAAGAUCUAACGUUCGCCGCGCGCCUCCCUCUUUCUCUCUCUCUCUCUCUGCGUCCGUAUACACCCACGUGCGCCUGUUUGGAAUAUUCAAGUGUCACCGAAUCCUGGCAAACCGAGCCGCCCGGCAAAACGCAUCUAGUCACGCGUUCGCUACCAAAGUAAACGAAGCUCGCGCUGACUAUCGCGACCUUCAACGACGUCGACGACGACGACGAAGCAGUGGUAAAAGGAGAUUCAAAUAUCGUCUAUACUAAAGAAAAGAAAAAAGCAAGAAACGACUUUGUGUUGUGAUCGUACACCGCUGCUUACCGACUCGACAUAGCCAGAAAAGAAACAAAGGAUCGCUACGAAAACGCACGCUUACGCAUCCAAAGAACAAUUCUCGUAUCUUGUCAACGAUGAACAAGGUCGGUGCGCAAAUGAUGGCAUUGUGAAAAUGGAUCGCCGAUGAUAUAGAAUUUCCAACAGUAUCGUCGAGGAUGUCGUAGAGACAUUAUCGCGUGUCGUCAGCUUAAGUGUGUGCCUGUGUAUUUUGUGUGUGUGUGAAACGUGUGCGUGCGUGCACUCGAUACGAAAAGGAGACAAGGAAUUAAGAGGUUAGGAUGCCGCAGUGCGCCGUGGCUACAUGCCGCAACAGUCAUCGUCGGACCCGCGGUCGUCGUAUCCGCUACCAUCGAUUCCCCCAGAUACCGGAAGUGCGCUCACGAUGGGUGCGCGCGUGCGGUCGCGUGCCCCUCUCGAACGGCGAGAUACCGUUCAACAUACAAACCGCUCGCAUAUGCUCCCUCCACUUCACCAACGAUUCUUACGAGAAGGAUAUGGAGCAUCUUGUGCUCGGUCUUCCUGUGCGCAGUAGGCUGCGUCGUGGCGCCGUACCGACGAUCGGCGUGCCGGUGAACGUGCAGCCGGUCACCAAGAUGCUGGUCGAGGACGCGAAACGCUCCCUCCUCAAGGUCACCCAUGCUAAAAUGCUAACCGGCCAGAAAGUGACCGGCAGCAACGAUCUGGCCGACAGUAAGCAGCAGCACCAUCAGCCGGCCACGGAAAGACGCCAGCAGCACCAGCACCAACACCAACAACGUGCCAAGAGUGGCAAUCAAGUGAACCAGGAACAAAAGAUGGCGGGCAUCGACGUGCUGCUUGCCCUCGGUCUUAAACCCGCGCCACGUUUGAACAAGAUGCACGCGAUGGAAGGUGCCGCUGGAAACGGGAAGAAGGUGGACUCGGCCGAGAAGACGAGGGAGGACGAUACGUUGUCGAGGGCCUCGCCGAAAGUUCCUCAGAACCAACAGAAUGGAGCGGCACUUCCGGAGGAGACCGCGGCCGCUCCGACGACCGUCGAGUGUCUCCGAUCCGCGUCGAUAAAGAAGGAACCUCAGUGCGACUCGGAACCGGAAGCCACGGCCAAGAGCCUCUCGUCCACGGAUACGGUGCAACAGAAAAGCGUGGCCUCGCGUUGCGUGAAAUCAGAAACGGAAGGUAGCAGGAAACGGAAGUCAACGGACGGUCAGUUGUCGUCGAACGGCAAUUCUGCACCGAAGAAGUUCUGUCUAGAGCAGAGGGAACAGUACAUCUCGUCGUUGGUCGGUUGCGAAAAAGUCACCGCGGAUGAACUCGCGGCGAGGGCUGAUCAAUUACGAGCGGAAGUGCAGGCCUUGGAUGAAUUAGCGCGUGCCAAAGAAAUGGAAUGGAACGAGAUCCUGAGCAUGAGAAAGCUGAAGGAGGAAGCGUACCUGAGAAUCGAAAGAAGACGACAAGUUAUGGGAUUCAUGGAAGGUAACGGACAAUUAGCGGACACUUUACCACCGGCGAGUUUAGCGCUUGGCCCAGAAUGGGAAAGUAGCGGUAACACAACUCCUUUGUCCAAAGAAAAAAUAAGUUUCGGAUCGAAAGACGAUUUACCCGAAGACAGUUCACAAGAUUCGCCGGCAUUUAAGAAAGAGAAGAGUAGCAAGCAAUCAUCUCAGCGUCAAUCGACACCUCCCAAGCAAGGAGGUGAAAAUGGCCGGAAACAGGUGGAAGCGCUUAGCCCAGAAAACAGACAAAUUGGCGAAGGUCGUCAAGGUGCCAUCGUUGAUGUUAGAUCCAUCAUCGCUGAUUAUAGACUUAGGCAUCCUGAAGCAGUUCCACGCAGGGGUAGGAGAAUGAGAAACUCGGUGAACGUUGGCUUAGGAGCUGGUGGAGCUAUGGUAGAAACUGGGCACAGCGUUGAUUCAAGGCCAUCUAGCACAGAUUCUUGUAAAAGUAACUCGAACACGGUUGAUCCUAACAAUUCCAUAAGCUUUAAGGACGUGCUCGUGCAGUAUGCGAAAUUCAGCCAACAGCAAGGUGAGCCUGUAAAAACGCCUCAAAAUUAUCCGGAUGUGACGCUUCAUCCUGUUGCGCCGUCACCGGCACCUCAAAAUACUCUACCUCAACAGAGUGGUUCGUUGCUUCAUGGAAUUCUCACGAAAUCACAAUCUCCAAGACCCACUACUUUUUCACCUACUUUAGCUAGAUUACUCACCGCACCUGAAAGAGAAAGGAAUGCACCAACAGCCGCGACCAUGCCACAACAAAGUGCGGCAACCCAGCACCUUUUGCAGACAUAUCAAGGCUCUAAUCCGGUUUCCAUCAGUGACCUCCUAUCUUCUUCCAAGGCUCGAACUGAAAUAACAAUAACACCGGUCAUUAACACUCCGGUUCAAUCUCAUGUGGAGGACGUUGAAGAAGAAUCAGCAGUGAUCGAGGAUAGAGAGACUCGCAUUUCUUCAGGUGGUAGAGACGCCAGAGAGGAUAGAGAUAGUCCUCCGCGAUGCCAAGGUUGUCACGAACGUGUAGCGCAAUUUGUGUGUGCAGGCUGUGGUCACCAGUGGUAUUGCAGCCGCGAAUGUCAAGUUGCCGCUUGGGACGAACAUUCAGAAGUGUGUUCCGGCUAAGAAGGCGAGACCGUAUUAAUCUAAACCUCGUACUCCUGGUGUAUCGGGUUAAAUAACCUAUUCAACUAAGAAUGAAUCUAGUCAAAAAAAGAAUGGCCAAGAAUAUAACGCGUAUUGAGUACGAUAAGAAAGGAAGGAGAAACAUUAAGAGAGAAGUGUAUAUUUUUAAGGACCUCUACAAAUAUGUUUGAUCUGUAAAGAAUAAGUUUUAUUUCGUAAAAGAAGAAGCGUCAAGUUUCAUAGCGCUUUUUCAUAAUAAAAUGAGUAUUUACAAGACGAACGAAAAACAUGAGACUUUCAGACACUUCGAUGAGAAUAUAGGAUUCGAAAUGAUCGUUGGCUUAAAUGUAAUAUCACCGCGUUGCUUUUAUUCGUUACAAAUUUAACGAUCGAGAAAGAAGCGAGCGCGAGAGAGAGAGUCUUAAUGAGACAAAAUAGAAGAGUAUUAACCCUGCUGAAAUUACGCAUUUAACGUGUAUCUUCCAAAGGACAAAUUGUCCGAGGGAUUCCUACUGUAAUAGGAAUUUAUGUUUGGUAUAAACUUCAUGUAUCAGAUACCUUUUUUUAGAUUUCAAAUAAUGCAUGUCAUACAACGUACGCUAGUCGAGAAAUUUCCCAACUUUUUUUCAAACAGAAAAGAAUACCAGAAAUAGCUGGUAACGUGCGCUUAUAAAACGAAGAACGAAGCACAAAACUGUAUCUCUCGUGAUGCUGUACAUAAUUUUAUACAUGCUAGCAGGGUUCUUCAGCGUCAGAUUUUUCAAAAAGUUGGUUAACCGUGUGCCAUGCAUAAAAUUCAUUUCGUCAUCAGCUUUGUAUGUUAAACAAAUCUCUAAGUUGUAUAUUAUUUGAGUGUUUUUUAUAAUCCUAUAAUUUUCGUAUUUCCUUCUUCUUUUCAUUUUGUAAAUGAAACCCGUAUUCGUUUUGAUUAAACGAAUUCGCAUUUGACGAGCAAAGUGCGAGAUACACACGGAUAUUCAGCCUUUCACAAAUGUUCUUUUUCUUUUGUCAUUCUGUUGGUGUUACAGAAACACGUAAAUUACAUACCGAAUACCAUAUUUUAUACCACAUUUGUUACCAAUGUAUAAAUUUUAGAUUUAAUGAGAAACAUUAGCCUUAGUAUAGAUUUAAGCUACUUCAUUUUUCUUUCUUCGUUCGCAACUUGUUCGUUGGUAACGUUAUUCGACACGUUCUCUAAGUUCAAUUGUUCUUAUAUUUUUGUUUCUCUUAAAUUAAUCAUGUUACCUAAACGACAAUUGUCCCAGACAUAAUCUGUAGUCCAAAGUUCCUACAGGUACACGCAACAUUAUAUAUAUUUUUCCCAAUUAUGAAGCAAACCAAAAUAAAGUUUUUAAUCGUA